AUGGAUAGUUUACUUCAAUCAACAACAACACAAUCAACAAGAACAAUCCCAUGUAUUGAUGUUGAAGAGGAAGAUAUUCAACGAAAACGUAUUGCCAAUAUAUUACUGAAGGCACACAUAACCUUAUAUCCACCUUAUCGUGCUCAAAUGGCAAAGACUGGAGUGCUCGAUAAAUUUGUCAAAUUUCUUGAAGAGCAAUUAAAAAUGCAGCAAGAAUUUAUCGACGCACUCUGGACACAUCGUAUUUAUAUUCCUGCUGAUUAUCAUACUGGAAUGAUUCAGGAUGGUUUAUUUGAAUCGCCAAACAGUCAAAAACGUAAAUCUCAUCGUGAUGAUGAUGAUGAUAAUGGUCAACAAAAGAAUAUAAAAAAACAAAAAAUUAAACAAGAUGAUAAUGAUGACACCACCGAUAAUAAUACUAUUAAUAUAAAUUAA